AUGGCUCGGCGAGCCUUUUUUCUUUCUACUUUGCGAUUUUCUGCAUUGAAAUCAUAUUCGUGGAAGAGAACUUCAACAAUGUCUGGAAGAGGUAAAACCGGUGCUAAGGCCCGCGCCAAGGCGAAGACCCGCAGCUCCCGCGCCGGUCUGCAGUUCCCUGUGGGCCGUGUUCACCGUCUCCUCCGCAAGGGAAACUAUGCUGAGAGAGUGGGCGCCGGAGCUCCUGUUUACCUGGCUGCGGUCCUCGAGUAUCUCACCGCCGAGAUCCUGGAGCUGGCUGGCAACGCCGCUCGGGACAACAAGAAGACCCGAAUCAUCCCUCGCCACCUUCAGCUGGCUGUCCGUAACGACGAGGAGCUGAACAAACUGCUCGGUGGCGUGACCAUCGCUCAGGGAGGCGUGUUGCCUAACAUCCAGGCCGUCCUCCUGCCCAAGAAGGCCGGCCAGGCAGCACCCAGCUCCGGCAAGGCGGGAAAGAAGGCGUCCUCUCAGUCUCAGGAGUAUUAGCUUCACGGCUAACAACAAUGAACCCAAAGGCCCUUUUAAGGGCCAACCACCGACCGAAAGGGCAACUUUUCUAGUUUAUCAAUGUCGCUCAAAGCAUAUUUUGUUUGGGUUAUUGAAGGCUUGUGUUAAGGUAAUUUAUUUCAGGCUAGAUCCUUUGCUAAGAAACAAGAUUAGGCUAAAUUUCCCCAGUUAGCCUGAAAUGUCACUUGAAAAUCUUCAUCCUGAGUUUUUUUCAUCCUUGAAUGUUAUUUAAAGUAGCAACUCUUCUGCAACUGACCAGAUCCAAUGCUAGCUGCACACACUGGCAACUAAACAUUUGUUAUGCAUUGCACUCAGGUUCUCAGGGCUGCUGUAUGUUUUCAUCAUGUGAAACGCCUGUUCACAACAAAACGGUUUCAUUAAAAGUUCUGCAAGACAACA